AUGGCCUCUGAAGAUGCCAUAGACUACAAGGCUCUCUUUCUACAGGAAGAGAGACGGCGAGAACAGGCGGAAAAGCGACAGCAAGAAGCAGAGGGGCGGCAGCAAGAAGCAGAGGAGCGGCAGCAAGAAGCAGAGGAGCGGCAGCAAGAAGCAGAGGAGCGGCAACAAGAAGCAGAGGAGCGGCAGCAAGAAGCAGAGGGGCGACAACGACAGGCGGAGGAGCGCAACCAGCCAACGACAUUCGACGAGCUGAUUCGAUCAUGCCAUAACCUGCUCUCCCUGACUCUCAGGGUUCAAGCGCCAGCCUUCUCCACAAAGGGAUCGAUUCCUAAGCCAACUGGGAAAUUCUGCCCAGUCUACCUUCGGCCUUGGUUAGACUGCUCAGAUAUCCAGGAUAGAUUUUAUCACCGCGUCCGCAGCUAUUUCCAGCCAACUGAUAGACUAUUUUGCCCUAGGAUUGAACUCGAGGGUAUUGGACGGAGAUGCAGCCGGCCAUUAAGUAGUGAGUUGGAUCUAGGGUUUUACGAGCGAAUUGCAGUAGAACAGCACGUCCAGGAUAUAAUUACGGAGCUAUGCAAGAGGCCAGAAGCCCGAGCUGAGUUUUCUCUUGGAGAGGGAGUUGCGUUUGAAAAUCAUACGAAUAUUAUUGAAGAGGAUGAGGAUACAAGCUUACAAUACCCACGGCGCUCUAUACCAGAUCAGUUCUGCAUUCAUCGAUCAGAUGAUGGCGUCUCUACACUGCUUACUACUGUCGAGUAUAAGCCACCUCACAAGCUACCAGUAGAGUAUCUCCGCUCUGGUCUCCGGCCUAUGAAUCUUUGGGAAGAAGUAGUCCAGCGAGGCCCAAUGCCAAAGGAAGAAAAUGCAAAGCUAAAAUGCAUUGCAGAACAGAUAUCGGCAUCCGUUUUGGUUCAGGAAUUCGAUGUUAUGAUCAAUGAAGGACUAGAAUACUCAUAUAUUACUAAUGGGUUAGCCUAUGUUCUACUUUACGUGGAUCGUAACGAACCUGAAGUACUCUAUUACUUUCACUGUGAGCCUAACUUAGAUGUUGAACCUACGAACGUACGGAUUUUACAACCAAAUACUGCUAUUACCCGGGUGCUCUGCCUCUGUCUAAUGAGCUGCCUUUCAGACUACCGAGACCAAGCUUGGAGAGACUAUGCGAGGGAACGAGUAAAAACCUGGCAAACAGAUCUUGACUACGAAAGAGCGCAGAUACCAGAAACAGAGCUCCGUAAAACUCCCCCAGGCUCGGAAUAUGUGCCAUCAUCUCCUCCUUCAAGCUCUCCCAUAGAUAGCCACCAACCCGUCACUCGAUCCCGGGCUAGCUGCGCACCUCAAAGCACAACUACGCAUCCUUCAGGGUCUAUAGACUCCGACUCUGACCCCGACUCACAGCAAGAGGCUCGUGGGCGGAAACGGAACUUAAGUGAGCUCACAUCGUUGCCACCCAACCAAAGGCUAUCGCGCCAAAGGGGUAACGGGGGAAGUCGAGGAGGCCCUAGACAGCAUACUGCGCCAUUUUGUACGCAGAAAUGUUUGCUUGGUCUUCAGCAGGGAGACUACCUAGAUGAAAAUUGUCCAAAUGUGGAGAGUCACAGAACAGAUAACCGCGAUAAGCAUCCUAUUGAUACGAACCAUCUUGUGAGCUUAAUUAAGAAGCAGUUAGAUAAGACUCUGGACCAAAACUGCUCACCAUUUGGCAACUGUGGCUCGUACGGUGCGCCGUUUAAGAUCACCUGUUACCAGUAUGGCUAUACAGUAGUCGGAAAGGGCACAACGUCUCGUCGAUGGAAUGAGGUGCGACGCGAAGCAGUGGUCUAUCGCUUCCUUCGCCGGGCCCAGGGUUCUGCAGUUCCUGUGUUCCUUGGUUGUAUCGACCUAAAAAUGAUAUACUACCUCCAUGGCGCAGGAGCUAUCAAACACAUGCUGCUUAUGGGCUGGGGUGGAGAGGACACCAGUAAAAUAGAGGGUUCCCAGCAGUUAGACGAUGAGAUUUCACGAUCGAAGAAGGAGAUCCGCGCCAUGGGAGUAGACCAUCAGGAUUUGAAGCCAAACAAUAUACUAUGGAAUGCAGAGUUGGGGCGAGCGUUGAUAAUUGAUUUUCACCGCUCCAGGCUGAUUGCCCCUGUGAUAAGAAAUAGAAACCCUGCGAAACGAUCGGUCACUCUUGAUCAAACAGAAGACGGUAGGGAUAAAAAGAUAGGGAAGAGGAGCGGAAUCCUUUCGUGUUGA